AGAGAGGAAGCGAAGGCGGGCGGAAGGGAGCAGUCCCUCCCCGGAAGUCCCGCCCUCUCUACAGCCUGUUCCGGAAGUGGCGCUGGUGUCUGUCGCCGCUGUGAUGGCUUCAAGGUUACUUCGCGGAGCUGGAGCGCUGGCUGCGCAGGCCCUAAGGGCCCGUGGCCCUAGUGGGGCGGCUGCUGUCCGCUCCAUGGCUUCAGGAGGUGGGAUCCCAACUGAUGAAGAGCAGGCAACUGGCCUGGAGAGGGAGGUCAUGCUGGCGGCUCAGAAAGGACUGGACCCGUACAAUAUCCUAGCCCCAAAGGCAGCCUCAGGCACCAAGGAGGACCCUAAUUUAGUCCCGUCCAUCUCCAACAAGCGUAUAGUGGGCUGCAUCUGUGAGGAGGACAACAGCACUGUCAUCUGGUUCUGGCUGCACAAAGGCGAGGCUCAGCGGUGCCCGAGCUGCGGAACCCAUUACAAACUGGUGCCCCACCCGCUGUCCCACUGAGCCCACACGGCCUCCCUCGGAAUGCGCUGUAAAGUCUCUUUGCAAUAAAGACGAGCCUGUCCCUGGCUCCUUCCCUUCGA